CUACAGAAAGAGUGCUUGUGGUAUUGUUUCAUCAACUUCUACAAGAAGAUCUAUCUUCAGUUCAGCUGCACUGGAAUUCUCAUUACAUUCGAAAGUCAAGAUUUGAUACUAUUUCCGGGAGACCAGACGAGUUAUACUUUCUUUCCGAGUGCCCAGGUGGUAGAAAUUACAUAAAAUCUGUCACAGAUGAACAAUUUGAUGAUAUGUCUCAGUAUUGCCAUGAAUAUAAUGAAGACAAUUUGUAUCAGGAAUACUUUGGUGAGAUUUUCGAGCAACUUCAUUUAGGUGAACCAACGAAUUGGAGAGAAUGUUUGGAUCAAUAUAACAGGUUUUGCGAAAUUGCAGAAGGCUAG